CGAACAAUCUAGUUGACGCUCUCACUGCGCAGACGCAGAUCGCAGACAACAUUAUCCAACAUGGCGGCGUCGUUGAUGCGAUGUGUCCGCGGAGGGCUGGGGAGAAGUCUAAACAUCGCAAGCCGGAGUGCAGGUAUCAUCCAGCAGCAGGCGAGACUGGAGACGACUUCCACUGAAACAAAACCCACAGUCCGGGCCAAGGAUGCUGUCACUCACAACCAGCUUGCAGCGUUUGGAGAGUAUGUGGCUGAGAUGAUGCCCAAAUAUGUUCAGCAGGUUGAGGUGACGUGCUACAACGAGCUGGAGGUGAUGAUCCACUCUGACGGCGUGGUUCCCAUGCUGACCUUCCUCCGGGACCACACCAACGCCCAGUUCCGAAGCAUGAUCGACCUCACCGCCGUGGACAUCCCCUCGCGGGAGAACCGCUUUGAGAUUGUGUACAACCUGCUGUCCCUGCGCUACAACUCCCGCAUCCGCCUGAAGACGUACACAGACGAGCUGACCCCCGUGGACUCGGCAGUCAGCGUGCACCAGGCCGCCAACUGGUACGAGAGGGAGGUCUGGGACAUGUAUGGCGUGUUCUUCGCCAACCAUCCCGACCUGAGACGUAUUCUGACGGACUACGGUUUCGAGGGUCACCCCUUCAGAAAGGACUUCCCCUUGUCUGGAUAUGUUGAGGUGCGCUACGACGACGAGGUGAAGCGAGUGGUGGCCGAGCCCGUGGAGCUGACGCAGGAGUUCCGCAAGUUCGACCUCAACACCCCCUGGGAGGUGUUCCCCGCUCACCGGGAGGCCAAGGCAGCCCCACAGCUAGAGGCCCCCGAUGAGAAGAAGUAACCGGCCCGGGCGCGGUGACGCUGCAGCAAACGACUCUAGCGCCCCCGUGUGUUCUGUAUGUGUAACUCCACCCUUCUGGAAAAGCCUAUGGAAAUAUUUAUGUAAAUAAAUGGACUAGUAACACAG